GUUGACGAUCGAAUGCGGACGUUUAACAAUGUCAAGCCAUCAAUCGCGACCAAAGCCUACCUGCCCGCCAAAAUCCCAAGUACCGGCCCUGACAUUCCUUUACGCCAAUUGAAGAAGAACGAAUCACAGCCUGCUGUCGCUAUCGUUUUUACCGACUCGGCAUAUUCUAGCGUCACCUGUGAACGAUUUCGAGCGCGUAACUACCUUUGACUGCACCAACAUUGGAUCUCCCAUCUCGAUCACCCAUAUUAGUCGCUCGUUCUCACCAAAACAAAUGAACGAAAACACGAUCAAAAUAACGAAUUGACCCGUUGUGCGGCGGCUUGGGCCUUGGCAGAGCGAUGACUACUCAAAGUAACCCAUUUCUCCAGCCGGCGGGCUCGAUCAAUACCAACACUUUCGCUUCAGUCGUCCCGGCGAAUCCCAAUCCUUUUGCGCAGAUUUCCUCUCAGACCAAACCAGCUGCAGCAAAUCCUUUCGCUGCGGCAUCAUCUGGGCUACAGCCACCGUCAAACACAUUCGCGGCAAAGCGUCCACGGUCAGCAUCUCCGUUUACCCAAGCACCAGCCAUCAAGCCGAGACAGGCCAAAAAUCCAUUUGCGAAGGAUGAUUUCACUACAAAGCCGGAAGACCGCCCUAGCGCACCUAGAGUCGAGGCAAAGAAGGUCUCUGACUUUGUUAAGCCGGCGUGGGCGAAAGUAUCAGAAACUACGACGAAUCCCUCGACAAACAGAAACACACUGCCGAAUGCAAAGCGCAAGGCCGAGCUCGGGGCCCAGAUGCAACAGAAGCACCCAAAGACGGUCUCUCAUUCCAAACCAGCCACAGGCCGUCACGGGUUUCCACCGAAAGGCCCCAAUGUUACAAUGAUUGGGAAUGCUAUGAACACGCAUAGUACUCGUCGUGGAACUGAUGAAUUCGCGAAAAGGAUUUAUAAACAACUUGCAAAAGAUGGCAUCGCGCCUCCACAAUGGCCGCAGGACCCUGGAAGUCGGACGCAACGAGCUGCCAUGGACAAAUUUCGUGAAGAACACAAGAACUACCGCGAGAAAGCUCGGCAAUCCUUGAUCCAGGCUGGACUCAUCGACGACCCCGACGAGAAGAAACGACUUGACCAGGCCAUCGAGUUCAAAGGGAUUUGUGAGGAGAUGUGCCCCGAGUGGGAAAAGAUUACUCGAAUCACAGAGCACGAUGUCAAGGCAGCUGAGAAGGAGGAUCGCAACGGUGAAAUGGUUGCAAAACCACAAAUCAUGGUGAAGCGUCUAGCCAGAUCAGCUGCUGGACAAGAAGCCCCCUUACCAAUGGACGUGCGAUCAUCGGCUGGAUUACGCAAGUCUCUUGACUACUUGAUCGACGAGCUUAUCCCGUCCGACGACCUGCUACCGAACCGACAUAACUUCCUUUGGGACCGGACAAGAGCGAUUCGCCGCGACUUCGCAUUUCAGGCCUAUGCCAUGGGGCCCGAGGAAAUCAAAGACCAGGUGUACUGUCUCGAGACCAUCAUCAGAUUUCAUGUUACGGCCCUUCAUCUGUUGUCCCAGCCGGGAUUUGCGGUCGAGGACUUUUCCGAGCAACAAGAGAUCGAACAACUAGGCAAGUCCUUACUGUCGUUGAUUCAUACGUAUGAUGAUUGCGCCGACAAGGAGAUCGAAUGUGAAAACGAAGCAGAAUUUCGUAGCUAUUACGUCCUUUUCAAUGCUCAUGAUCCCGCACUGAAGGAGACAGUUCAAGGAUGGGGUGCUCGCUUCUGGACGUCUGAUGAUAUACGAACCGCCAUGUGUCUUGUUGAAGCAAUGGAAAAUAAUUCCAGACUCCACGGCCCACUCACUCCUGCGGCGCCAACCGAGACUGCAUUGGACAUGGCAUCUAUGUUCUUCUCCAUUGUCUCUGCCCCUCAGAUCUCGUACACCAUGGCCUGCUUUGCCGAAAUCCAUUUCAACAGGGUACGGCGAAGCAUACUUCAGAUCAUUAAAAAAGCAUACUCACGGCCACGCGAUGGACCGAAGGAUUUGACCCCGGCCUUUUUGAGGCGGCGCCUUCAUUUCGAUACUGAGGAGGAAGCCAUUGAGUAUGCGGAGCAACAUGGCCUAGUGUUCGAGGAGGAGAUGGGUAACCGGAACCUCGUUGUCAAUGCCCGGCAAACGUAUGAAGAGCCGCGAAUCCCCCAUUCAUUUUCCCAUGGAAUCGUGGAACGCAAACGUUGUAGAAGAUCAUUACCGGACGUCAUACACGAAACCGUCUUCGAAAGCGCCGAUGAACACGAAUCUCCAGACCACAGUGAACAUGACAGUCUGUUCGUGGAAGAACCCCAGAGCAUCUCCUUCGAAUCCGGACGAAGUACACCACUACAGGAUAUUGAGAAUGCCGAACCGACACCUAACCCGAUUUUGACAUCUUCGGUUCUUCAUGAUGCGGCCAGCAAGCCAUCUCUGACCGAAGCCGACCCCAAGCCUAAAAGCCUUGGGAUUCAACCAGGCACUUCCUUAUUCGCCCAAGCUGACAAGCCUCUUGGCCAAAGCACCUCAACUAUACCCCCAUAUCCUCUAAGUGGGUUGUUGCAAGGAUCCAGCUCCAUCUUCUCAAAGCCCCCGAAUCUACAGAGUGGCCAGAAGUCAUCGGAAGGCUUAGCCACUGUGCCGCCUUCACAGUCAAACGAAAAGAAGGUCACGUUUGGAGACAAUACUUAUAUAGAACCCCCGAGCUUUCCUACAAGCAGCAAUGUAUCCUCGAGUGUCUUCAACUUCCUCAACGAAAAUGAUGGCCAUACACCUUCUGUCGCAAACCCUUUGAAUCCCAGCAGUGGCCAAUCCUCUUGGUUCCCUUCAAUAGCGCCAGAUACAACUACUGCUGCAGGCAACAAAGAUGGAUCGCAGGGUUCCAUCAUUUCUGGUGCAUCAGCAACACCUGGAACAGGUUUCAAAUUCUCUGGCUUUGCGACCACAUCAAGCACUGCUCCUCUACCUGCAUCGAGCACGUCUGUAGGCCCAUCGCCAUUCUACAAAGCGCCUGCGGUGAAAUCACCUACAAGCCAGGACGAUGCACUAAUAUCAAGUCAAGUGCCUCCAUCAGGAUCCAUGCCCGCUUUGUUGACAGUUUCUCCGCCGACCCAGGCCCAGCUGUCUACCUCUAACCCAAACACCACAACAACGGACCCACGGUUUGCACUAACCCAAGCCAGCUUCCAGCUCACUCCUCAGGCACCGACCCUGGCUCAACCCCAGCCGCAGAACGACCCAUUCGGGAAUUUCACCCGGUGGUUCGUUUGCGGUGAUCAUGGAUUAUUGGAAGACCAAUUGGAGGAGUGGCUGGUGAGGAAUUUACUGGAGAAUGCAUGGAAGAGCUUCCAGCAAAUGGAAAAUGAGCGUAGAAGACGAGAGGAGGACGAGAAGUCCUGGGCGAUAGCGCGCAAGUACCGGGAGGAAUAUCUACACGUGAAGUUCUUCUACCGUUGGCUUGAAGGCUUCCGCAAGCGCAGCGUAGUCAAACGUAUCAAGAUGGAACGAGAUAAGUUUAGGCAGUGGAAUCUUCCUGAGAAUGUUGCCAAGCGGGAGGCUGCAGAAAGGGCCACAAAAGAGAGGAACGAGCGGGAAGUAGUGGAUGCACUGCGUAGGAGUGCUAAGGCAAAGGCAAAGAAGGAACAGAAUAUGAGAGAGUCUAUCCGAACACGAGAACAGAAGGUCGAGGAGGCACUACUCGCGUCGGGUAUCUUUGACGGAGUGCGAGACCAACGGGCGGCCGCCCAUCUGGCUGCUAGAGACGAUAAGAUCGACUCAGUAGUUCAUGCACCACCACCCUCGGAGAAAUCCAAGCUCCGACUUGAAAACCAGCGUCGCCGGAGUCACGGUCUGCCACCUCUACAAUGUAUGCCCGAGCCUCAACCCUUCAAAGAAGGCUCCAAGACAGCCAAAAUAAAGGCACUUUCCAGUGGGCGGGAUUCCCUUUCGAUGUCGACCGGGAGCAUACGGAACUCGACCUUCAGCUCGAGCUAUCGGUCUAGCAUCGGCUUCAACAACAGCCGUGUCGCCAAGACAAGGAAGUCACGAGUUUCGGAUCCAUACUGGCGUUUGAAGGCAAACGGUCUGGUGCAGAUGCCAAAUGGAGAAUAUCUACAUGAGUCUCUGGCGAACCCGAUGCGGCAAGAAGGCAAGCGUUACGAAGGGUUCGGAGAUUUCGGUCUUCCUCGCACAGCGUCGGUCACACCAUCACAGUCAACGCCACCCAGAGCCGACUUGACCGACUACAGUCUUCCAUUAGAACACACCCGGUGCAUUCGGGUGAGCAGUUCACCUUCUAUUGCGUCAAUUUCUGCCUGCAAGCGGAAGCGUCGACCGCAAGACGACGAAGACAAGGAUUUAGCAGCGUACAGAAGCGAGGCUUCAGCAAGCACUCGGAAGAGGCCGAGAAGUGACGACUCCCUCGACAGCGAUAAGGAAUUCUUGGAUCGGAUCGGGAGUCUGUUGCAGGAGGUGCAGAAAGAAACGAGGCAGUAGAAAUUUUCAUGAAUACUUAGGAGGGCCAAAUGAGACUUUCAGAUUCGAUGUUGUACACUGCAUUGGGGGCCGGCUGGUUGUUUGAUAUUUGUUUCCAAAUACAUCAGCAAUACAGACGCACGGGAAAGUUGCAUCGGCUGGCGUUUUCAGGAGCGAGCGAGCUGUGUACCCAGGCUGUUUCUAGUGAAGGGCUUAUGAUACCCUAUGAUAGUUGGACAGAAGAUAAUUUUUUGUGCUCUUCAAGAUAUGG